CUUCCAAGCGAACGGUGCGGCUUGCUCAAUCCACCGCUCUGCAUCCCAGUGUACACAGACUUAGGGAAAGUAUCUGCCUGCUUCUCAGCAUGUGUCGGGGUUUAGCUGCUCUCCCUGCGAGCUGCUUGGAAAGAGCCAAGGAGUUCAAGACCCGUUUGGGGAUCCUGCUUCAUAAGCCGGAAUUUGGACACAAAAUCGGGAGCCUGAGCCGGGGCACCAAGCAAAGGUAUGCCUUGGAAGAAGUGCUUGGAUGGAAGGAGUCUUUUGACCAUCUGUUGAGAAGUAAAAGUGGCGUGGCAGCGUUCCACGGGUUCCUUAAAACAGAAUUCAGCGAAGAGAACCUGGAGUUUUGGCUGGCCUGUGAGGAGUAUAAGAAAACCCGCUCAAGAGCAAAGCUGGCAGCCAAAGCCAACAGAAUCUUUGAGGACUUUGUUCAAACCGAGGCACCCAGAGAGGUGAAUCUCGACCACGAAACCAGAGAAGCGACUCGGAGGAACCUCACGGCUGCGACUUCUGCUUGCUUCAAAGAAGCCCAGGCCAAAACCCACACCCUGAUGGAGAAGGACUCUUAUCCCCGAUUUCUGAAAUCUGCCUACUACAGAGACCUGGCCGAGCAAGCGUCGAGCGACAGAGUAGCCAAGCCCACGCACACCUGAGGCUGCCUGCCGGCAUCGCUUGGAACUGUGUUGGGGGACCAGAGACGCAGGAAGGCACGGGAGAGACGGGAGCUCGGGAGGGAGGUGCUAAGAGCUGCGGCAUGGCAGUGGCUGGGCUGAGGCUUUGUUCUGCCCAGGGU